AUGAAGGUGUCUCUUAUUAAUGGGGUGGUUAUGGGAGGAGGUGCCGGUCUAUCUAUGAACACUAGUUUUAGAGUUGUCACCGAAAGAAGUGUGUUUGCUAUGCCAGAAGUAUCAAUAGGACUUUUUCCAGACGUGGGUGCUUCAUACUUUCUCUCAAGGCUUCCUGGCUAUUUUGGAGAGUACUUAGGAUUAACUGGAAGACGUUUAAAUGGAGCAGAAAUGGUUAAAUGUGGCUUAGCAACUCAUUUUGUUCCUUCCAAGAGCCUAAAUUUGCUGGAAAAUGCCCUACAGUCUCUUUCAACAUCAGAUAUUUCAACAAUUACUGCAUUAAUUGAUAAAUUUACUGAAAUCGUUUAUCUUAAGGAAAACAGCCCCUUGAAGAGGCUGGAAACGAUCAACAAAUGCUUCUCGAAAGGAACCGUGGAGGAAAUUAUUCUAUCCUUGGAAAAGGAAAUAGAAGUUGAUGGAGCAGAAAAGUGGAUGACAGAGGCAUUAAAUUACAUGCGUGAAUCUUGUCCUACAAGCCUGAAGAUAUGGCUUAGAUCAGUGAGAGAAGGCAGAGUACAAAGUAUUGAAGAAUGCCUUAAACGAGACUACAACAUUAGCUGCCAUUUCUUGCGAAGAACUGUCAACAAUGAUUUCUAUGAGGGUUCAAGAGCAAAGCUGUUUGAUAAGGACAACAAGGCUAUGGUAAGACAGAGGGAAAGAUAG